AUGUGGGCUUUUUCUGAUAAAGAGCUCGAUACGAAGCUGAGGACGAUUCUGAUUUCGGAAGCUGGGAAAACUCUUCUUGAUCUUGACCCAACACUUUUUCCUGUUGAGAAGCUUCUACAACUUCUCGACAAACAUUUCUACUUCCUGUUAACGGUGGAACAGUCACCUCCCUCAUCAAUUAAGAAUGCUCUCUCUCCGUUGAUGAAAGCGUUAUCCGCUGAAACACUCUUGAAGCAUUCAAAUGUCGAUGUCAAACUCUUUACCGCUUCCUGUAUCACUGAGGUUCUGAGAAUAAAUGGUCCAGUUGCUCCAUAUGAUGAUGACAAGAUGAAGGAAGUAUUCCAGUUAAUUGUCUCAUCAUUUGAACACCUAGAUGACAAAUCUAGUCUCUCCUAUACCAAACGGACAUCCAUCCUUAAUACUAUGGCUAAAAGCCAAGUAUGUGUUCUGAUGUUGGAUCUUGGUUAUGAUGCACUUCUCAUUGAGAUGUUCCAGCAUUUUCUCAAGGGUCUAAGGGAUCAUCAUCCUCUGAAAGUAUAUACAGAUAUGGAGGACAUUAUGACCCUUGCUUUAGCGAAAAGCAGUGAUAUACCUCCAGGGUUGCUUUUACCAAUUCUACAUUAUCUUAAAAAGGAUGAUCAGGUUCCUCAAAGAUCACGGAGGUUGGCAGAACAAGUUCUCAUUAACUGUUCCAGCAAGUGCAAAACAAAUCUGGCUGAAGCAGUGGAAUUGUCGGGCGUGUCUUUUGAAAAGUAUACUGAUGUGGUGGCUUUAAUAUGUCAAAUGCCAUUAACUGCUUGGAAGCAGAAAAAGGUUGUUGCUCAUGAAAAGGAAAAGGCCGCAAAAGUUUCUACCCCUGAGCAAACUUGUGUACCUAGGAGGAGACUGAACGAGAAUGAACACGAGGCUGUGUCCCGAAUGCGUGAAGCAGGAGUGAAUAGACAGGAGAAGAGACCCCUUGAGAUGGCUGAAGAAGAGAAUCUUGGAGAAGCCGAGACUCAAACACACAAGCGAGCUCGAGUGGAAAGCUGCACCCUUCAUAAAGCUCAUGGUGAGAUGGUGAAAACAGUUGGAGAAGGAGAACCCUCUUGUCGCGCUCACAAAUCCAGUCCUGACCCGAAAGACUCUCAACCUUGCUCCGUCACACAUCAGUUGGCUAAGGUGAAGCAGAGCAUCGUAGAUAGCCUAACCAGUGUGAGACAGUUUAGCUCUGAGAUGGAGACAAAGGAACAAAGCAUUGUAGACACUAUAACCAUUGUGAGACAGUUUCGGUCUGAGCUGGAGAGAAAGGAACAGAGCAUUGUAGACACUUUAACAAGUGUGCGACUGUUUCGGUCUGAGAUGAAGAAAAAGGAAGAUAAUCUUGAAGCUUCGCUGCAGGAAGUUGACGUGUUAGGGGAAAAGAUAUUGGGAAUCAACAAAAUCCUCAACUCAUAA